GGAUCGCCGCCGCCAGCAAAUUAAGGCUCAGGGCAGCGAGCGCCGGGGCGCAGUGUUCCUGGCUCUGCGCCGCGCUCCGCACGCCCGCGCCCCAGCAGCGGCGCUCGGCUGGUGGCCACCGCAGCCUGGGACGUCCCGGCUGUCCCCAGCCCCCGAGAGAGGAAAGGCGCUGACGGGAUGCUCCGGGACCCCAGGGCUUUGUGCAGCUGAUGCUCAUUUCCGCCUUCGGAUUGUGCAGCCUGUCGUCCUGCCGAGCGUCCCGGGGCGUGCGCACCCGCUGGAGUGCCCGGCGGGUCCUCUCCUCUCCGGCUGCUUCGCAGUCCCUGCGGCUCCGUGGCUCUGCGGUGGGUGAUAGAGGCCAGCGCGGAGCUCUGAGAGGUUGGAGCUGACUCUUCUGGAGUCUCUGGCCCCGCUGUGACUGCUCUCGGAAACUUUGCGCUGUGUUUCGGGUCUUUGUCUCCCUUGGGGAAGCUGGACGGCAGUUCGGCCGACACCGUCCCUGGCCAGGACCGCGUGGUGGGGACCAUGGAGUUCACGGCGUCACCCAAGCCCCAGCUCUCCUCCCGGGCCAACGCCUUCUCCAUUGCCGCGCUCAUGUCGAGCGGCGGCUCCAAGGAGAAGGAGGCGACGGAGAACACCAUCAAACCCCUGGAGCAAUUUGUGGAGAAGUCGUCCUGUGCCCAGCCCCUGGGUGAGCUGACCAGCCUGGAUGCUCACGGGGAGUUUGGUGGAGGCGGUGGCAGCAGCCCAUCCUCCUCUUCUCUGUGCACUGAGCCGCUGAUUCCCACCACCCCCAUCAUCCCCAGUGAGGAAAUGGCCAAAAUCGCCUGCAGCCUGGAGACCAAGGAGCUUUGGGACAAAUUCCAUGAGCUGGGCACCGAGAUGAUCAUCACCAAGUCGGGCAGGAGGAUGUUUCCCACCAUCCGGGUGUCCUUUUCCGGGGUGGAUCCUGAGGCCAAGUACAUAGUCUUGAUGGACAUCGUCCCUGUGGACAACAAGAGGUACCGCUACGCCUACCACCGGUCCUCCUGGCUGGUGGCUGGCAAGGCCGACCCGCCGUUGCCAGCCAGGCUCUAUGUGCACCCAGAUUCUCCUUUUACGGGUGAGCAACUACUCAAACAAAUGGUGUCUUUUGAAAAGGUGAAACUCACCAACAAUGAACUGGAUCAGCAUGGCCACAUAAUUUUGAACUCAAUGCAUAAGUACCAGCCAAGGGUACACAUCAUUAAGAAGAAAGACCACACAGCCUCAUUGCUUAACCUGAAGUCGGAAGAAUUUAGAACUUUUAUCUUUCCAGAAACAGUUUUUACGGCAGUCACAGCCUACCAGAAUCAACUGAUCACCAAGCUGAAAAUAGAUAGCAAUCCUUUCGCCAAAGGAUUCCGGGACUCCUCCAGGCUCACUGACAUUGAGAGGGAAAGUGUGGAGAGCCUGAUUCAAAAGCAUUCCUAUGCGCGCUCACCCAUCCGUACCUAUGGAGGAGAAGAGGAUGUCUUGGGGGAUGAGAGUCAGGCAACUCCAAAUCGAGGGUCAGCCUUUACAACAUCUGAUAAUCUGUCACUAAGUUCCUGGGUAUCAUCUUCUUCCAGUUUUCCUGGGUUCCAGCACCCACAGUCCCUGACUGCUCUUGGCACCAGCACAGCAUCCAUAGCAACACCCAUUCCUCACCCCAUCCAGGGUUCUCUGCCUCCGUAUAGCCGACUGGGAAUGCCUCUGACCCCAUCGGCCAUUGCCAGCUCCAUGCAAGGGAGUGGCCCCACAUUCCCUUCAUUCCACAUGCCGCGAUACCAUCACUAUUUUCAGCAGGGGCCCUAUGCUGCCAUUCAAGGACUGCGCCAUUCCUCUGCUGUGAUGACGCCAUUUGUAUGACUCUUCUAAAAAUGGGAGAAUCCAGAUCCAGAGUGCGCAAAUGGGUAUGGAAAUAGAGGACAGGGCUGGGUGGGUGGGACGGGGCUAUUGAAGCAGGGGCUUUCCAGGAGACAUGGGACCUAUCAAAGAGGAGAGCUGGACUCACAAUAAAACCUACCACUGAGGGAACGCACCAUGGACCAGGAUUCAUCUGUAGUUGGGGACAGCUGUUGGGUUCCGGAGAGAAUCCAUGUAAAGUUCUCUGCCAGCUUGAGAGUUUAAUGAUACAAGGCUGAUGAAUCUUAAGGUGCAUUAUUCCUCAUGGUUAAAAUGCUGUGUUGAUGCAGUAAUGUAUAAAAUCGUUGUGUAUAAGGUUUCAUUCUGCUUUUCACAGGAUAAAAGACUCUUCAAAGAGGCCAUACCAUAUAGCAUACUGACCAUCAUGACUAACUGAAGUCAGUUUAUCCCCGUGGAAAAUUGGAGCCAGUAGAAAAUAUUUGUAGUGAUGUAGCAUAAGCAUGUUUCGUUUUCUUUUGUGUUAGUCUGCUGGGGAAGGAGCUGAGGUAAUGCUAAUGCAUCCCGUUUUGUGGAUGAAUACAUGGUAAUGACUUCACAAAGUUCUGUUUGUAACAUUGAAGGGCCAGUAACCAACAAACUCAGUUUUCAGUCUUCUUUCUUCCUCUUUCUCUUUAUUGCAAACACUUACCAGGGUUAGGGUUAGGGCUAGAGUUAUGGAGGAAUAAUCUUCCAUAUACAGUUUUGAAGCAAGAGCCUCUCUGUUACAUGGUAAAACUGCAGUUUGAUUUUUCUGGGCUGCAUUCUAAACACACUACUGACUAAUUCACUGAGGAACACUCCAAAGCCUGGGCAUGUUGUUAUGUGAGGCUUGCCUUCACUUUCAGCUGUGACGGAAAGAUGUUCUUCUUUUCCAAAAGGAGUUCUCUGCCAUUGGUGCCAGAGGUCCCUUCAUUUUCACUUUGGUUUUGGGAGACCUUAUGGAUGUCGAAAUGCAUCCAGACAAAUUCCCGUUUUCAGUAAAUCUGCUUUGUUGUGACAGGGAUUUAAGAAUGACCAUUCUAGCCUGUAAUCCCAGCACUGUGGGAGGCCGAGGCGGGUGGAUCACGAGGUCAAGAGAUCGAGACCAUCCUGGUCAACAUGGUGAAACCCCGUCUCUACUAAAAAUACAAAAAAUUAGCUGGGCACGGUGGCGCGUGCCUGUAAUCCCAGCUACUCAGGAGGCUGAGGCAGGAGAAUGGCCUGAACCCAGGAGGCGGAGGUUGCGGUGAGCCGAGAUCGCACCAUUGCACUCCAGCCUGGGUAACAAGAGCGAAACUCUGUCUCAAAAAAAAAAAAAAAAAGAAUGACCAUUCUAAACGCCGGGUGGCCAUGACUUAACCUGUACCCCUGAGUGGAAAUGUGUCCAUACAUCUAAUGUGGCCUUUUUUCUUACUGUGUUACAUUCAGUGACCCGUUACCCCUUUGCCAGGUCUGUAAUAUUAAACCGCUUGUUAACGUAAUGGCUCCAUAACUAAAAUCUUGGUAGUUCUUAUAAGUAAACUAAAGCAUUCUUCCACUUUAUUUUCAGCUUUUGCUAUCUUCUUAAGCUUCUUUUAAUCUUUAUAAUAGUAGCAAAUUAUAUUUUAGUUCUAUAUGACCUGUAUCUAUAGGACCUGUAUUGUUUUUGAACAACAUAUAUAUAAGCAUUUACAGUCAGGGUGACACAUCUGGCAUUUUGCAACAGUUUAUUUCCCUAAUAACAGAGAUUUAAUGAAAUUAAUAGUUUUUCGACUUUAGAUUUAAUGCACUUCAACUACAGGAUGUAACCUGUUCUCUUGGCAAAUUUCUGCAAAACUCUAAUUUAAUUUUUGUAUGUAAUAUUUGUUCUACUCUUCUUGCUACAAAAGUAUUGAAUCUGUUAAAAGACACGGGAACUAUUUCUAUUGACAGGAGAAGCGUAUUUGGGAGGAAAUGCAAUAUACUUAUUACAUCAGACUCCCGAGGAUUUCAUCUGAUGGUUUUAAUGUUGGUCUCUUUCAUACCACAUGCCUUCCCUGGGCACUUUCAGCCUGUGAAAUGACGCAUCAUGGCACAGCCUGUGUAGGUCAUGCUGUUGUUGGAAUUUGCACUCGCUGUCGUCCACUCUACUCCACGGUUCACCUACCGAAAAGCACGGGCUAUGUUAACGAAGCAUCUCACGAUCCUACAGGAAACACUGUGGGCUGAUUUUUAACUUGUUGCAUGUUAGGCUGUAGUAUCCACAGGUAGUUUGUUUUCAAACAAAGUACAGAUGCUUAUUUCUUUUAAAAAGCAGUUGUGAGUAAUGUUUAACUAUUGUAGAGCUAGGAUGGGGGUUUGAUAUUUAAUAGCUGGUCCAUUGCCAGUGUUCCUUUGAAUAUAGAGUACUGCUGCUUAAAGAAGGAAUAACAAAAAACGUUGUUUUACAUAAUGCUACUCAAUAACCCUGAUAAAUUUCUGGCCCACUGAGGUGAAUCUGUGUCUGAAUUUUCUUUUUAGAGAGGAUGAAAAGGUUGUUUUAACACAUACUGUUUUGACGUUUCUACCAUCUGUGUGUCUCAAAGAGAUGUGUGUUUUUGUUAAAUAUGGAUUUACACUAGUAUUUCCUGACUCUAUAAUUUUAUUUUGUAAUUAAGCAAUACAAGACUACAAAUAAGAAUGUUUAGAGAAAACAAAGACUAGUCAGACCUAAAAUUCUAAAUUGGAUGUAUAUUUUUAAGUAUUAUUCAAGCCAGAGAAAAGAAGCACAGGUGAAAUAGAGCUUAACCUAGUCACUUGAGCCAUGGAAACCAAGGGGUAGAAAUUUUCCCUACCUGGGCCUUUCUGAGGUAUCCUGGUGGUUGAUUCUUAUUAAACCCUUGGGGGUUUAGUAUUUAAAAUUCCAAAGCCCAUUCUAGCAAAAGUAAUUUCAAGAACUACAUAUUGAAUGGGAAAGCCAAUUGAAUCAUGAAGAACAUGAAUUAAUAUAUUUAGAAUAUAGUCAGGGUCUCCCCCAACCCCGAGUAUAUUACGGUGUCAAAAAGCUUGGCUAACGGGAAGUGCUGCUAAAAAGAGGUCCUGCCACAUCUGCUUUGUCUAAUCCCAAGGAAUUAAUUCAGAACUUAAUAGGGUUUGCAAUGGGGAUUUGUUUUUAAAACAUCAAUAAUUCUGAGUAGAUUCAAUUUUUUUUAGAAUUUCGUCAGUCUUCCUGUCUCCUCUGUCUACUCUUGACAAUAUAUAGGUAGACAUAUCCAGCUUGUCUAAUACAUCACAGAUUAUUAGUUAACAAGGUCUAAAUUAGUGAACUUAUAUUGUAUUGCUGGACCUUUUGAGUUAAUAACAAUGGUAACUUGUCCCAAGGCCUACCGCCAUUGGGGACAGAGCAAGAGACUUUAAGAAGGUUCCUGGUGAGUCAUCAUCUAGUAAAGGCACCGUGUAGGGCUAUAUUAUAGUAGGAGUUACAUUGACUUCUGGGGCAUUCCAAGGUUUCCCCUCCUUAUCCAUGUCUCUGUUAUUUUCCGUCUCCGGCCAGUACAACACCCUUUCUUCUCCAGCUGCUCCCUCCCCACCAAAUAGGAAAACGAAAACUCUCUAAAAGGCCAAGGAACAAAUAUUCUUAGAUGUAAAGCAUCCUCAUCCCAUGCUGCCUUUUUCAAAGAGAUGUUAGGAUAUUUACCCCAUUUCUGUAUUUCACAAUAGCUUUUCAGGCUGUCCUGCCUAUAUAAGCUGACUUAUAUUGAAAAAAUCACUUUCAAAUAAAGAGGAUGAAAUGACUUUACACCCCAUUAAAUACUCAGUCAAGCUUAGCCAUGACUCAGUAACUAAAAAGUUCAAAAAAUCCAGUUAUGUAAUGUGCAGAGUAGCAAAUUGCAAGAAAAACAAGUUAAUCUUCCAAUGACUAAGUAAGGAAAACUGUUGUCAUUAUUGAACACGUAGUAAACUGCUAAUUAUUACAAACAAAGCAGUACUCUACCCUAAAUCUGGACAAUGCCCUGGACAGAACAUAAGAUUUUCAGCUUUCUCCUUUAAAGAGCUGUGCCUGGCUGGAGGAUGGGUUUUAUACAAGUUUUAAUGUUAUUUUAGAAUGUACAGAUUUUCUUUGUAAACACACAUAGGGAAGGUUACAAACUUCUUAAAUUUUAGAAAACCAUCAAAUCCUUUCAUUACUACUUAUAUUCUAUGCCAAUUAUAAUAUUCCAAGACUUAUCUUUCUUCAGAAUGCUUAAAUAUGGAAAGGUCCAUUUAUAAAUAUUUGAUAGGUAAAUAGUUCAUAUGUAUUUUCUAGCCCUUUUUUCUCUGUCCUGCUCUCAAAUAAUUUCACUGCCCUCUCCUUUUCAAAUGAAAUAUCUUGAUAAUAAGAAAGCAAAAUCAUUUUUGUGAAAUACAUAUGGACAAAAAAUACAACUUGUAUUUUACUUCUGGUUCAUUAAAAUAUUGUGUUUAGUUGGUUUUUUCCUCCCUUCUUUUCAGAAACGUGAAAGAAGUUGUUUUAUUUCCUACAGUAUAAAAUUGGAUAAAGCCUCGUUAGUAGACACCAUCACGGUUCUGUUGUUUGCUGUGUUCAUUUGCUUAUGGAUUGCGUGAGAACAGUCACUGUAAUGAAAUGUGUGUGCUGGGGGUGGGGGAAGGGCAUGGGAAAUGUUUUAUGAAGAAAAGAAGUUAUAAGCCUAAUACUAUGAAGUAACAUCUAAUGCAGUUCUUUUUAAGUGCAAUAUAUUUAUUUCUGCUAGAAAUGUAUUAUCAACCUUAUGUAAUAUUUGAAGCAUUACAUAUUAUUUGUAAACAGCUUAAAAUUAUAUAUUACCCCAAUUGUACAUAAGUACAAAUGUGUGGAUAUUAGUUUCUUUCAUUAAAAAUUGUGUUUUUUUAAAAAUA